CUCGUUAGUCGGCUGAGUAAAAAAUUUGUUGAUUACUUAUUAAAGAAUUUGCAAUAAAAGUAAGCAAAAAACGGUCUUAAGAUGUCCAAGGUGACCGUACAAGACAUAGAGGCGGUGGAUGACUAUUGGGGACCCACAUUUCGCUCAAUACUAGAAGGGAACAACACGAAGCAGAUUGGCGAGCAACUGGAGCAACGAAUUCGCAGCCAUGACAAGGAGAUCGAGCGAAUCUGCAAUUUAUACUAUCAGGGCUUCAUUGAUUCCAUUCGCAAGUUGCUUGAGGUGCGCACCCAAGCAAAGGACUUGCACCAGAAUGUCCAUGAGCUGGACACCUCGCUCCGCGAGAUAAGCACCUCCCUAAUUCAGCAGGGCAAUGAUUUGGUGCGGGCUCGCCAAAUAGAAUCGAACCUGGCCAGCGCCAUCGAGGCAUUAAAGUCCUGUUUGCCCGCGUUGGAGUGCUACAUGAAGUUUACCCAGCAGGCCAAGAACAAGCAGUACUAUCAGGCCCUCAGAACUCUGGAGACCCUGGAGGCGGAGCAUUUGAACCGGUUAAAGAUCCACAACUACCGCUUUGCCACCCAAAUGCAGAUACAGAUACCCAUCAUCAAGGAGAACAUUCGUUGUUCCUCUGCCUCUGAUUUCCGUGAGUUCCUGGAGAACAUCAGAAAGUUUUCGCCGCGCAUUGGCGAGUUGGCCAUCACGCACACUAAGCAGCUCCAAAAGCGGGACAUCAACGCCAUCAUUGCGGAGCACAUGCAACAGGUGAACGGAGGAGGGGCUGGUGGAGAAGGCGCAGGUGGAGAUGAUGAUGGAGCCAACGUUAGCGCCCAGGAUCUUAUUGACUUCUCGCCCAUCUACCGCUGUUUGCAUAUCUACAUGGUUCUGGGUCAGAAAGAAUACUUUGAGAAGGACUACCGCCAGCAGCGUCGGGAUCAGGCCAAACUGGUGCUUCAACCGCCUCCCAAUAUGCACGAUAAUUUGGAAGCCUAUAAGACUUACAUCUGCGCUAUCGUUGGCUUCUUUGUGGUCGAAGAUCACGUAAAAAACACGGCGGGCGAUGUGGUGACCAACAGUUAUCUGGAGGAUCUCUGGUCCACUUCUCUGACCAAGUUUGUAAACGAAAUCAGCAUGAGUUCUUCAUCGUGUACCGAUCCCAAUAUACUGCUUCGUAUCAAGAACUUGAUCAUGCUGUCCAUCAACACCUUUAAGUGCUACGGCUACACGGUGAGCAUCCUCUGGGAGCUUCUACACAACAUGAGGGAUCAUUAUAAUGAGGUUUUAUUGCAACGCUGGGUGCACGUUUUCCGCGAAAUUCUCGACAAGGAGCAGUUUUUGCCGAUGGUUGUGCAGAACGUGGAGGAGUACGAGGCUAUCAUCGAGCGAUUCCCCUUCCACUCGGAACAGUUGGAAAACGCGCCGUUUCCCAAAAAGUUUCCCUUUUCGCGCAUGGUGCCAGAGGUUUAUCACCAGGCCAAGGAAUUCAUGUACGCCUGCAUGAAGUUCGCCGAGGAGCUUACGCUUUCGCCUAACGAAGUGGCUGCUAUGGUGCGCAAGGCGGCCAAUCUGCUGCUAACCAGAAGCUUUAGCGGCUGCCUUUCAGUGGUUUUCCGCCAACCGAGCAUCACUCUCACGCAGCUCAUCCAGAUCAUCAUCGAUACGCAGUACUUGGAGAAGGCGGGACCGUUUUUGGACGAGUUCGUCUGUCACAUGACCAACACGGAGAGAAGUGUAUCGCAGACACCUUCUGCCAUGUUCCAUGUGGCCAGGCAGGAUGCCGAGAAACAAGUGGCCCUUCGCAUCUGUUCCAAGAUCGAUGAGUUCUUCGAGCUAAGCGCCUAUGAUUGGCUGCUGGUGGAGCCGCCGGGCAUUGCCUCUGCCUACAUUACAGACAUGAUUUCUUACCUUAAGAGCACCUUCGACAACUUUGCCUUCAAGCUGCCGCACAUCGCUCAGGCGGCCUGCCGUCGAACCUUCGAACACAUUGCGGAGAAGAUAUACUCGAUCAUGUACGACGAGGAUGUGAAACAGAUUUCAACCGGGGCCCUAACUCAGAUCAACCUCGAUCUGAUUCAGUGCGAAUUCUUUGCGGCUUCGGAACCUGUGCCUGGUUUAAAGGAAGGAGAACUAAGCAAGUACUUCCUGCGCAACCGACAGCUGCUGGACCUGCUUAUUCUGGAGGAGUGGAGCACGUACUUCCACGACUAUGGCAAACAGGAGAACCGCUACCACCUAGUGCAGCCGCAGUCCAUUAUUGUGAUACUGGAGAAGAUCCGCGAAGCUGAUAAGAAACCUAUAUUUUCGCUAGUGCGAAAGAACGAUAAGAAGAAACUGCUGGAGACGGUGCUCAAACAACUAAAGCACAUCGCCGAUCGACAGAAUUAGGAUAAGAAGUUAGUCAGAGCUUAAAGCAAAGAUUUUAUGUCACCAACAGCCUAAAAUUUGCUGAUAGGUUCCCUCAGCAAAUCCAAUUAUUUUAUUCCAGAAUUUACACUAACGUAAUUGUAGAAUCUUCAAUUUGAUAGCUUUUCAUCUUUAUUAUUUAGGCUAAUUUGAGUUUUCACAUGAAAAAGUAUUUAGUUCUCAUUUACUUUUGAUUCGAUUUGUUUUUAUAAAAGACAAAUUUCAGACGAAACUGCUCGAUCCGUUGAACGUGUAAAAUUGUAUUUUGAAUUUUGAUUCGUAUGUACAAAAAGCGCAGAAGUUCAGCGGUCGCCUACGUACGGAUUGUUGAUAAAUACAAAACGAAAACGACAAAAAAUGAAAACAAACAGAGAGGAACGGCUAAAUAACAAAUUGUAUAUAAUUAUUAGAUGUAUGUAGCGUACGUGUAUUGUGUAGGUAUAUUCCGCAAGUCGUAGUAAACUAACUUCUAAGUUA